GAGUUUUGGAUAUGGGAUUUGACUUUGCAGUGGGUGGAGACAGGAUAGCAAGUAGUAUCGAAAUCGCCUUUUUGACAGCUAACAUAAAAAAAUACUGUUUAAUUUAAACUUGAUGAAUGAAUGCGUUGAUAUUUCGUACUGUUGCACCUACAUCGAGGCGUAUCGUUAAGGAGGUUCAUUCUAUCACGUCAAUCCUCUGGAACGUUUCUGCGGAGACUAUGCUCUGGAGCUCGUAAUGCUGCCUUAGCUGAAACGUUUCAGCUACAGUGAAGAAAAUACCUUUUCAGUUUAAUCGAAACUCCCCGGUGUAUCGGCACCUGGCUAGCGGGAGGCGGAGCAUGCAUGUGAGAUCAGAGAUCAGAUUGGACGUGGAGCUGUGAUGCGUGCGGCGAGCUGCAGGAUGAACGUGGCGGCCAUUCUGAAUGGCCUGCUGGUGUCGGUGGUGGCAGCACUGCUCUGGAAGUACGUGAGGCUAAGUGAGCAUGCUGCAGUACUGGAGGAGGAGCUGCAGCUGACCCGCCAGUCCCAGGAGCUGUCCCAGGCCCGGAUAGACUACCACGCCGCUCUGCUCGCCCUCCAGGAGCAUGGCACCCGUAUGGUCUGCACCGGAAAGAUGCACACUGAUCGCAUCUGCCGCUUUGACUACCUGUGCUACUGCACCGAGGCUGAAGAGUUUGUCUUCUUCCACAGCAACUCCUCCUUCAUGUUGCCCAACCUGGGGCCCCGGCGCUUCCAGCCGGCCCUGCUGGACCUGUCCUCUGUGGAGGAUCACAACACCCAGUACUUCAACUUCCUGGAGCUGCCCGCAGCUGCCCUCAAGUUCAUGCCCAAGCCUGUAUUCGUCCCUGACGUCACCCUCAUCCUUAACCGGUUCAAUCCGGAUAACCUGAUGCACGUGUUCCACGAUGACCUGCUGCCCAUCUUCUACACCAUGCGGCAGUACUCGGACCUGGACGAUGAGGCCCGCCUGGUCUUCAUGGAGGGCUGGGGUGAGGGCGCACACUUUGACCUCUACCGCCUGCUGAGCAGCAAGCAGCCACUUCUCAAAGAGCAGCUGAGGAACUUUGGCAAACUUAUGUGUUUUACUAAGUCCUACGUGGGCUUGUCCAAGAUGACCACAUGGUACCAGUAUGGCUUUGUCCAGCCACAGGGCCCCAAAGCCAACAUCCUGGUCUCUGGGAACGAGAUCCGGCAGUUUGCCUCAUCGCUGAUGGAGAAGCUCAAUAUCACCACGAGAGGAGGAGAGGAGAGUGCAGCGGAGGAAAAGGAUGAGUACUUCGUAGUGUUCAGUCGCUCCAUCAACAGACUCAUCCUGAAUGAAGCGGAGCUGAUCCUGGCGUUAGUGCAGGAGUUCCAGAUGAGAGCGGUGACUGUGUCUCUGGAGGAGCAGAACUUCCCCGGAAUCGUCAAGGUCAUCAGCGGGGCCUCCAUAUUGGUCAGCAUGCACGGGGCCCAGCUGGUCUCCUCUCUCUUCCUCCCCCGUGGGGCCGUCGUUGUGGAGCUCUUCCCCUAUGCGGUCAACCCAGAGCAGUACACCCCUUACAAAACCCUGGCCUCUCUACCAGGCAUGGACCUGCAGUAUGUGGCCUGGAGGAACAUGGUGGAGGAGAACUCUGUGGCCUACCCAGAGAGGCCCUGGGAGCAGGGAGGUAUAGCCCACCUGGAUAAGGAAGAGCAGGAUCACAUCCUGACCAGUAAGGAAGUACCCAGACAUCUGUGCUGCCGCAACCCUGAGUGGCUCUAUCGUAUUUACCAGGACACGAUAGUGGACAUCCCUUCUUUACUAGAGGCUCUCAGAGCGAUCGUGAAAACCAAGCCCAACCUGAAGAAGGCCAAACCUGCCAGCACGGUCUACCCGGGUCGGGUCAGAGAGCCCCAGUGCCAGACAUCGGUUCAGGCCACCAACGAGGCCAAGCUGACUGUGUCCUGGCAAAUCCCCUGGAACCUGAAGUACCUGAAGGUCAGGGAAGUGAAGUACGAAGUGUGGAUCCAGGAGCAAGGAGAGAACACGUACAUGCCUUAUAUUCUCCCCCACCAGAACUAUACCUUCUCUGAAAACAUCAAACCCUUUACGACGUACCUGGUGUGGGUGCGCUGCAUCUUUAACAAAAACCUCCUGGGGCCUUUUGCCGAUGUACUCAUGUGCAGGACAUAAUUUGUGUUGAUCUAUACAGUUACAAGUUUGUGACUGCUUGUUCCGGAUGAUCAGAUAUUGGGGUUGUGGAUUACUGAAGGUGAUACUAGAUAAGUUCAGCCAGUAGUUUUGAAAGUAGCGCUCACGAGCCAAAAUGGGUCCCAGAAAAUUGUGCACAAUUGUAUACGAUGUCAUUCAUUUUGUAUGAUAUGUUACGUCCUGCACAAUAAAUGUAUAUUUACAUGUACAUUUAAGUCAUUUAGCAGACGCUCUUAUCCAGAGCGACUAUUUCCUACAAUUCGUAUGAUAUGUUACGAAUUUGUAAGUGCUUAAGAUCCCGUUCAAUCUCAUUAAUAUGAAAAUCUGUGAUUGAGGAUAGUCUCCGAUUUCAGGAUAGUUGAUGUGAUGUGAUCUGUAUCUAGGAUGAGAGACAACCAUGUCCUCACACAGAGAGUGAAAUGCAAUGGAAGUUCAAUGGCAUUUAGCAUGGGAUGCAGGAACACGAGUCACGAUUUAAGGAUGCAUCGUCUGUACCAAUAGCAGUAAGUACUAUACAACGUAUCUUUUUGAGAUAUAGGAAUUUCUUUAAUAUACUUAUUUAUGAGAAAACAUAUUUUUUAUUAGUCUUAAAACACUGAACCUAUCUAUAUCUGUACUUAUUUGAGUAUGUAAUGUAGGUUUUCAGCAAAGCUCAGAUUUGAUUGGUUUGUGAUUUGUUAUCUGAGAAAUCACAACUUUGUGGCUUAGCCUACCCUCCUGCACAAAGUAGUAGCUUUGUCAUGUUGCCUUUCUAAUUGUCAAUUUACAUAAUUGUUUGCAGAAUGUUGCCAAAACCUUAAAGGGAUACUGUAAGAUUCUGGCAAUUUUCUACUUACCCAGAGUCCGAUGAACUCGUGGGCACCCUAUUUAUGCCUCUGCGUGCAGUAUGAAGGAAGACUACUUCUAACUAGCAUUAGCACAAUGACUGGAAAUCUAUGGGUAUCUGCUAGCUAGGUAUCUGCUUCAGGCCUGGACAAUUCCAGUCCUCGGGGGGCCUAAUCGGUGUGACACCCCCCCAGCAAACACACCUGAUUUUAAACUAAUUCAAUUUUUAACUGAAGUUCAUGAUUAGUUGAUUAUUGGAGUCAGGUGUGUUAGCUGGGGCAAAAGUGUAACACCAAUCAGGAUCCAGAGGACUGGACUUGCCCAGGCCUGCUAGCUGCAAAUACCCAUACACUUCCAGUCAUUACACUAAAUCCAGUUAGCAAUUAUGCUAGCACUAGUUAGCAACUUCCUUCAAACCGCAAUCAGAAACAUAUAAGAAGCGUGUCCAUUUGUUCAUUUGACCCUGGGGAAGUAGAUAAAGAUCCUCGUUGCCAAAAUCCUAAAGUAUCCCUUUAAGAGAAACCAAAAUGAACUUGAAAAUGUGGUUACAAGUAUACAGUACCAUUAAGUAUGUGUUAUUAGUUGUAAUUGAAUUAUCUUGUGCUUCAUUGAGGCUUUAAUAUUUGCCAGUUACCUUUUUGAACUAUUGUGACACAUGGAUAAUAAAUUCUUCCCCUUCUAGAUUAUUUGAGAUAUUAAUUCAAGGCAGAUAAAACUUUCAAAGAGUGUGUCCAGGAAAAUGUUUGCAGUUUUGUAAAUAUGCAGACUAAAACAUGCAUUAUUCCUUCAAAUAGUAGCAGUCUUUUACGAACAUUGUUCCUCUAAAUGAAAAUAAAGAGAAUAUAUUAUGUAUUUAUGUGAAAGGUUCUGAUGCUAUGCGGUGCAGUUGCUAGAUAUGCGAGGGUUAGUUCUAUUUCUUUCAGAAAAACUGGAGCUUCUUUAAUCAGUUUCUUUGUCAUUGUGUGUCAAAAGAUAAAUACAAAAAGGUUCAUGCCACUUCAGUGUGCCCAUUACAGCAAUUCUGAGUUCAAUUGUCCUAUUAUUUUUUUAUUCAGUCUACACAGUUGCAGAAAAUGAUCAGAAUUCCUUACUUACUAUUAAUCUGUACCAUUUCUGAUUGUGAUCAUAGAACAUUUGUGCAGGUUAUAUGCAUGCAUAAACUUGUGAAAUAAUUAGCCUGUGAUGCUUUGGUAAUGACUACUAUGCCCUGAAUCAAACUGGAGUAAUAACCCAUUCUAUGGCUCAUCAAUGCUGCUAACCAUGUGUGAUUCAGUGUCUUUAUCCCAAAUGGCACCCUCUUCCCUUUAAUAGUGUACUACUUUUGACCAAGAACUAUAAAGGUCACCAGAGCCUAAAAGUAGUGCUCUAUAUGGAAUAGGGUGCCAUUUUGGGACUCAGCCCAAGUCUAUAUGAUGGUGUGCAAUGCUGCCUGUUAUAUUUCAUUGCCUUGUGGUGUACAAAACUAAAGUAAUGGCUAGCUUCCUAGUAUGUGCCAAGCCCUCAGAGUACAUAAGUGCUGAUGUAAGAUCAGCUGCAGCCCUCGUGUCCUGCUAAGCGUAUAUAUAUUGCCUUCAGAACAUAUUAACACCCUUUGACUUUUUCAACAUUUUGCUGUUACAAAGUGGGAUUAAAAUGGUUGGAAAAAAACGUACAAUUAAAUCCAUCUACAAAUAAUCUAAUGUCAAAGUGGAAGAAAAAUGACACUAAUACAGUAUAUCUUUAUAAGUAUUCAACCCACUUAGUCAAUACAUGUUUCUCUGGGCAAGUCUCUAACAGCUUUUCACACCUGAAUUGUGCAACAUUUGCCCCUUAUUCUUUUCACAAUACUUCAAGUUCUGUCAUUGUUUAUUGAUCAUUGCUAGACAACUGUAUUUGGGUCUUGCCAUAGAUUUUCAAGCAGAUUUAAGUCAAAACUGUAACUCAGCCACUCAGGAACCUUCAGUGUCUUCUUGGUAAACAAUCAGUGUAGUUUUGACCUUGUGUUUUAGGUUAUUGUCCUUCUGAACUGUAAAUUAAUCUCCCAGUAUCUAGUGGAAAGCAGACUGAACCAGGUUUUACUCUAGGAUUUUGACUGUGCUUAGCUCCAUUUCAUUUCUAUUUUAACCUGAAAAAUUCCCCAGUCUUUAGCGAUUACAAGCGUGCCCAUAACAUUAUGCAGCCAUUUCUAUGCUUGAAAAGAAUGGAGAGUGGUACUCAGUAAUGUGUUGUAUUGGGUUUGCCCCAAAUAUAACACUUUGUAUUUAGGACAAAAAGUGAUUGCUUUGCCACAUUUUUUUCAGUAUUACUUUACUGCCUUGUUGCAAA